GCGCUCGAGUGGUUCAUGAAGGCAGCGCGUCAGGGCGAAAAGUGUUCUAAGUAUAACAUUGGAAUGUACUACAGAAACGGCCACGGCGUGGAGCGAAACAUCGACACGGCGCUGAAAUGGUUCACAAAGUCGGCCAAGAAGGGUUUCGCCACAGCACAAAACCAGGCCGGCGUCAUCCUCUACGGCAAGGGACGACACGAAGAGGCGGUCAAGUGGUACAAAAAAGCGGCCGCUCAAGGCGAGAUGUACGGCCAACACAACCUCGGGGCCUGCUACGAGAAAGGUAAAGGCAUGAAGAAGGACAUCCCCGAGGCGCUCAAAUUGUACGGGAAGGCUGCGGAGCAGGGCUACACUGAGGCAGCGAAAAACAUCAUUCGUUUGGGGAAAGCGAUGCAAGUUGACUAG